AUGCUGCGCCGUGUGACCUGCAGUGCGUCAUUUGCAUUUGCCGCGGCGGCAGCGUGUCACAUGAGCACGACGUGCCCACGCUUGGAACGCAUCAAGGUCGCAGGCAAGGUUGUCGACAUGGACGGAGAUGAAAUGACCCGCAUCAUAUGGUCUCUCAUCAAGGAGAAACUCAUUCUCCCCUACGUGGACGUCCCGAUUGAGUACUACGACCUCGGCGUCACCAAUCGCGAUGCCACUAACGACAAGGUCACGGUUCAGGCAGCGGAGGCCGUUUUGCGCCACAACGUUGGCAUUAAGUGUGCCACCAUAACCCCGGAUGAGGCGCGGGUAAAGGAGUUUAACCUGAAGAAGAUGUGGAAGAGCCCGAAUGGGACAAUUCGUAAUAUUCUUGGUGGCACAGUUUUUCGCGAACCCAUUUUAAUCAAAAAUAUUCCUCGUAUUUUGCCAAAUUGGUGCGAGCCGAUUAUCGUGGGCCGCCACGCCUUUGGCGAUCAGUACAGGGCGACGGAUGCCGUCUUUCCGCCGGGCCGCCUGGAACUUGUGCACACACCGCCUGGCGGCAACCCGACGGUGCGUGAAGUCUUUAACUUCAAAGGCGAGGGUGUUGGGCUUGCCAUGUACAACACCCGCGAGAGCGUAGAGAAGUUUGCAGAGAGCUGCUUUGAGUUUGCCCUGAUGCGCAAGUACCCUCUCGUGCUAUCGACAAAGAACACCAUUCUGAAGAAGUACGACGGCAUGUUUAUUGAAACCUUCCAGCGCCUCUACGACACGCGGUACAAGGAGCAGUUUGAGCAGCUGAAGCUGACGUUCUCUCAUCGCCUGAUCGACGACCAGGUGGCGCAGAUGAUAAAGGGGCACGGAGGCUUCGUGUGGGCGUGCAAGAACUACGAUGGCGAUGUACAGAGCGACUUGGUGGCGCAGGGCUUUGGCUCACUGGGGCUCAUGACGUCUGUGCUGCUCUGCCCUGACGGCAAGACAAUUGAGGCAGAGGCCGCUCACGGCACCGUCACCCGCCACUACCGCGAGUACCAGAAGGGUAAAGAGACGAGCACCAACUCCAUUGCCUCCAUCUUUGCAUGGACACGCGGCCUCGCCCACCGCGGCAAGCUGGACGGCAACGCGGCCCUUGUCGACUUUGCCGCCACCCUCGAACUUGCGGUCAUUCGCACCGUUGAGGCUGGGCACAUGACGAAGGACCUCGCGCUCUGCAUUCACGGGCAGGAGAAGCUGCAGCGGUCCCACUAUGAGACGACAGAGGGAUUCCUCGAGAGCGUCGCUGCGGAGCUCGCCCGUGCAUGUAAGGUCUGA